CUGGACCAGAAGAAGACCCAGGAAAAAAGAAAGACCCAAACGAGUCGGGAGACGUCAAGAAGCCGAUUCCGAAAGCCGGAAGCCGAAGCCAAAACCAAAGCCACAAUGGCUUUUUCGUCUUCUUUCAAACACAAGAACAACCCCAACCCCAACCUCAAACCAAACCCUAGACUCACGUAGGGCGUGGUCUUUUCGUCUCCCUGCCUGAAUCGCUGAGGAAUUCGCCCCAGGCAAAGUCAACAGCGGUUCCAACCCCUUCGCGACGAGAUCUUCGCAGAUCUGGUUCCGGAUUAGGAGGUUUUUUAUAGAUUAAAUGGUGUAUGUUGUUGUUGAAAUUGUGUCACAUGGAGUUGAAUUUAGUGGAAUCUUUUUGAUGCAUGAUGACUGUUCUGAUGGAUAACACUUCAGAUUCUUCAUCAAGAGAGCGAGUACAACGUUUAUACUCCAAGAAUGUUGAGUUGGAGAGUAGACGUCGCAAAGCAGCACAGGACAGAAUUCCCUCAGAUCCUAACUCAUGGCAACAGAUGCGAGAGAAUUAUGAAACUAUUGUCCUUGAAGAUCAUGCUUUCUCUGAGCAGCAUGAAAUAGAGUAUGCCUUGUGGCAGUUACAUUACAGGAGAAUUGAGGAGUUACGUGCACACCUUAGUUCUGCACUUGCUUCCGCAGGAUCAGCGGUGAAUCAGAAUGGAAAAGUUCCCUCACGAUCUGGAUCUGAUCGAGUCACAAAAAUCCGUUCCCAAUUUAAGACCUUCCUUUCAGAAGCAACUGGAUUUUAUCAUGAUUUAAUGGUGAAAGUAAGAGCUAAGUAUGGUCUACCAUUGGGUUAUUUAUCCGAUGAUCAAGAAAACCAGAAUUGGUCCCAAGAUGGAAGUAUAUCUGCUGAAGUUAAGAAAGGCUUGAUCUCUUGCCACCGUUGUAUGAUUUACCUUGGGGAUCUUGCUCGUUAUAAAGGUUUAUAUGGGGAAGGUGAGUCCAAGCCAGAUUUUGCAGCAGCAUCAAGUUACUAUAUCCAAGCUUCUUCACUUUGGCCAUCAAGUGGCAACCCUCAUCAUCAGCUUGCAAUACUGGCUUCAUAUUCAGGGGAGGAAUUGGUGGCCAUUUACCGAUAUUUCCGGAGUCUGGCAGUUGAUAGCCCUUUUACCACAGCAAGGGAUAAUUUGAUUAUUGCAUUUGAAAAGAACCGUCAGAGUUAUUCCCAGUUGCCUAGGGAUGCCAAAACAUCUUCUAAGACAACCCGUGCAAGGAUGACUGGUAAAGGGAGAGGAAAAGGUGAAAGGAGGAUUCCGAAAGAUAACAGAGUAGAACCUAACCCUGUGAAGGAGAGAGCAUCUAGUAUGGCUGAGACUUUUAAAGUCUUCAGCAUUCGUUUUGUCCGGCUAAAUGGCAUUCUUUUUACGCGGACAAGCAUGGAGACAUUUGGGGAGGUUUUCUCUGAGGCUAGAAAUGAUUUGCUGGAGCUACUAGCUUCUGGGCCAGAUGAGAAAUACAAUUUUGGUUCAGAUGUGACUGAAUGUAGACUUGUGAUAAUUAGGCUGAUAGCAGUUCUCAUAUUCAGUGUUCAUAAUGCUAGUAGAGAAACUGAAAAUCAGUCAUAUGCUGAGAUUUUGCAGCGAUCAGUUUUGCUUCAAAAUGCAUUUACUGCUACUUUUGAGUUCAUGGGGCACAUUCUUGAGAGAUGUAUCCAGCUGAAUGAUCCUUCAUCAAGUUAUUUGUUGCCUGGAAUUAUGGUUUUUGUGGAAUGGUUGGCUUGUCGGCAAGAUAUUGCAGUUGGCACUGAUGUGGAGGAGAAACAAGCUAAUGCUAGAUUGUCUUUCUGGAAUCAUUGUGUUUCCUUUUUGAACAAGCUUUUGUCAAGUGGAUUCUCUUCUAUUAGUGAUGAUGAAGGCGAUGCAUGUUUUUUCAACAUGAGCAGGUAUGAUGAAAGUGAAACUGCAAAUCGACUUGCAUUGUUUGAAGAUUUUGAACUGAAAGGAUUCCUGCCUCUUCUUCCUGCCCAACAAAUCCUUGAUUUUUCAAGGAAGCAUUCAUUUGGUAGUGAUGGUGGCAUGAAGGGGAAGCAAGCUCGUGUUCAGAGGAUUAUAGCGGCUGGAAAGGCUCUUGCCAAUGUGGUUCAUAUUGGGCAACAGGGAAUUUAUUUUGAUCCAAAGUUGAAGAGAUUUGCUAUAGGUGUUGAGCCGCCACUGUCUGAUGAUUAUUCAUUUUCCAUUUCUUCGGAGAUUUCUGGAUUAAAUGGUACAGGUAAAGAAGAUCCAGGUCAGAGUCAAGUUAAUCUUGCACUCUCACAGCCAAAGCCACAGAUAUAUGUGGAAGGGGAAGAAGAGGAUGAAGUGAUUGUGUUCAAGCCAACUGUGCCGGACAAGCAGCUUGACCAGGUUGCUUCAAAAUUGACCUCUUCUGAGGCUUUGAGUUCUGGCGUUAAUGACUCUAAGGUUGAUUUCAAGAACCAUAUUGAGUCUGUUUCAGCCUCAAAUGAUGGUUUCCUUUUGCAGAAUGCUUUUGGUACAAGUUUAAGGCAACCUACAUCUCAUUCUAAUGUUACUGCCCAGUAUUUGCCACCAAUCCAGCUAAACACUUCAACAUGGCUUGCCGACCAAGUUUCUAUUGCAAAUGAAAUGACCAAUUUGAGCUUAUUGGGGAAUGGCUUUCCCAUGAAACAUCAGUUGCAAGAUCAUUUGAGAGCUUUACAGCCUACUCCUCUUUCAGUUACCUUACUUAACCAGCCUGUCAAUCUCAGUUCUGGAAAUAAAUACCCAGUUCAGGUCCCAGAAUCUGCAGUACCUUCUAGCAUUGAUUCAAUUAUUUCGUCAGGAGUUGUUGGGAGCUUGUCCAUGAAGCCACCAUCCAUGAUGCCAGCAGGUAUGCGAAAGAAUCCCGUGAGCCGGCCGGUUAGGCACUUGGGUCCCCCACCUGGGUUCAAGUCUACCCCUCCCAAACCCGUGGGUGAGUCCUUGUCUGGUAUAACACUGAAGGAUGAGACUUCACUGCUGGAUGAUUAUAGCUGGCUUGAUGGAUAUCAGUUGCCGCCAUCCACACAAGGCAUUGUGUUCAGUAAUUCCAUAAAUCAGUCAGCACAGACAUACCAUUCUGCAAGCAAGAGCAAUACCUCAACAGGGAUGGUCAGCUUUCCCUUUCCUGGAAAACAAGUUUCAACUUUGCGUGUUCAAGAGGAGAAGGAGAAAGGAUGGCAGGAUCAGUUUUCUCAACAGCUGAAACUAUACCAGGAGCAGCAACAGCAACUUCAAGAUGGUAAUCAACUAUCAAUUGCUGCGCCAGAGCAGUAUCAAGGACAGACGCUCUGGGAAGGUCGUUUUUUUGUGUGAGAUGACAAUGGAGAUAGAUGGUUGGAAGCAAUUCAAUAUGGUGGAUGUCCAGUGGCCUUGUGCUACCAGUUAAGACUUUGCUGUUGCAGUUUGGCCAAUGUUACUAAGUUUCUGUUGGAGCAUGAAUGGUCUUGGAGUGUGGCAGGCACCGGAUAUUGACCAGCUUGUGCCGGCUUUCUAGACCGCAUCAAGGGAGAUCAUCAUGAAGUCGUUUAGCUGGAAAUGCGGAUAAGAUCGUCAGCUGGGUGGAUGGGUUGGAUGUGUAACGUGUAAGCAGAUAAGGUGGUGGGCAAGUAUUUGAAGUUGGAUGAAAGAGCAAUAUAUCAUACUCUCGAGAGAGAUUUACAGGUAUCUGCUAGAUGGGGGACGUAGUAGUUUCGGAUGCUAGGCAUGAUCCGCAGUUAAUUUCUGGCAGGUGGAAACAUGAGCAUUUGAAAUAUACAUCGUUGUGGGCAGGGUUUCUGCUGAGCAGCCAAGAAACCCUGAGAGACCUAACCAAUACUUGAAUAAGCUAUUUGGAAAAAAGUCUGAUUAUAAUAGCGUAAUCUGUUCUUCUGUGGUUGGAAUAUGAAAUGGUUAUGUGGUGAACACAGAGAGGCGUCGUUUGGGUAAAUUAUAUUUCCUUUUUUCAGACUGUUAUCAUGUAGUUAAUACUACUACUCGUUGCUUGGAUUUGGGAAUGCUUUUGUAUUAUCUGGAGUUAUUGAGCUUCUAUGAUAAGUUUUAGUUCUUGUUUGCCAA